GACAAGAUGGCACUGCCAAGAGGCAGUUUGGGAUCUCAAGUCACAGUUGACCUGCUGAUGGCGCCAGCUCAUCGACCAUUACUGCGGACGCAUGUCACGAGCCCUCGACUGGCAGACCCCUGCAGCAGCGCAGUGCAUCGGCACAGGAGCGACCUGGCGAUGGCUCUUGUGGAACUUGGAGCUCUUCCACCACACACGGCUCAGGUGCGAUGGCAAGACAUACCAGCUCGCCAUGGACUCUGCAAGCAGCCAGCGAUGGAAAGUAGUCCAUAUGCUGAUGGAGACCAUGGCGAUUUCCAACCUUCAACUGAACAAGUUCCACUACACUUCGCUGGUGAAGGCCUGUCAAUCCUCCCUUCAUUGGCCGAGCGCCUUGCUGUUCCCACCUUCGGAUGUGGACGCACGAGCGGUGGACGCAACCUGGACGUCGGCGACCCUGACGGCGACCUGCGCGGGUGGAGGUCCUUGGAGGUGGGCGAGGGCAUGGUUUGACAGCGUGGGGCACAAGUGUGUGGAGCCGAAUGUCAUGAGCUAUGGCGCUGCUUUGCGUGCAUGCGAGAAAGGGCCUUGGGGACAGACCUUGCUGCUGAUGCGCCAGCAGAUGGACGCUCAUGUGAGCCCAACGGUUAUCUCCUUGGGUGCGGCCCUGGGUGCUGGGAAGUUCAACUGGGACAUGGCUUAUGAGCUUCUCACUCUUCUCACCAUCUACGAGCUGAAAGGGAACACGGUGAUCUACAAUUCGGCCAUCCUAGCGGGACGUCAAAGCUGGAAGCAUGCAAGAGGCUUGCUGAAGGAAAUGCUUGUGCGACAGCUUCGGCCCGAUCCAGUGACCCAGAGCUCCAUCAGCACGGUGGAAGCCAAGCAGGGUCGAUGGCGCUCAGCGACGUGGGGCCUCCGGGUCUGGAAUCCGAUUCAGGUGGGUGCAGCAUUGAGCUCCUUCCAGACGAGCAGCUGGGUGCAGGCUCUGGGACUUUGUGAGCACGUGCAGCAGAGUGGAGGACGCUUGGAUGAGAUUUCCUCCAACUCGAUGGCCACAGCGUGCGAGCGCCAAUCCCUAUGGUGGGCAGCAGUGGUGUGGUUGGACGGACGAGGAGAUGCUUGGAGCCAAGCGAAGCUGACGAGUUUGGUGCCGACCAGAAGCGCCAGAAGAGGUGCAUUUGCUCAGGAAUCGGAAUCGACCUUGGAAGCUUGGGGGAGAGAUGUGACGUCUUUCAGUCCAAGUGGAAACUUGGAAGUCCUGGACUUUUCCAAGUUGGUUGCUUUUGCCUGGUCCAUGGCCUCCACUGGGGCUGCCGCUUCACCUGCCAGGCCUUCUGGGUCGCAGGUGAUUUCGGAGGUGUGGAAACGAUUGGCAGAUGGGGAGCAGCUCACCAUCAACGAGAGGGCUAUUCUGGCAUGGUCUCUGAGCAUGCUGCCUUCAAGCCCUUUAACCCCAUUGGCCAUACAGGAGCUACAAGUUCAGAUGGUCCAGGUCGCCAGUCAGUUGAGGCUUGAAGAGCUUCUUGGGGAGUUUGCAGCCGCUGCCUUCACCGUUUUCUGGUCCUCCUCCUUUGCAGACUCCUUAUCCAGGUCAGCCGCCCAGGCAGUCUGGCUUGCCAUGUGGAACGCGCUCAACCUAGAGCCCCAGCUCUUCCCAGUGGAAGUGGUGAGCUGGGCCAAAAGCUCCCAGGUUGACCCAGGCAUGCAGAUCUUUCCAGAUCAGGUGGGAGCAAGCGUGCGGCAUGCGCUCACCUGAAGGAGUCCAGUGACCAGUGACUCCAACUCUUCAUACCGGGUGGUGGUGGUUUCGGAAUGUUUCAGAUAUGUUUGUGGUCAAGCCUUUAUUGCUCGAGAUGAUUGUUCCCACCGACAAAUCAUAUGCCUCGAGUGAGUUCACACCAUCAACGAGUAUUCAAUUACAGUCAUUAAUUAAUCAGAGUAGAGGCUCCGCACUACUCCUUCGGGGUGUUUUCUUUCUUCCUGAAACUGCUGGGCUCUGAAACUGAAACGUUUGGGAUGUCGUGGUUGAAGCCUGCCCCUCAAGUCGUUUCCUAGGACUGUCUUGCCCAUCAACAUCAAAGUGGGCUCACACCUCCUCAACUCGUGAAUCAAGUGUGCCUUUCACCUUUUGUGUUCCCCCCUAGUUGGUGCCAGCUUCAUCCGCCUCGGGCAGACAUCUUGGACUCCAAACUAUCCGAAACGCGCCCCUCGCAGUGCCUCGCAGCAUUCGCCUCGUCACGAACUCGCAGAUCCCAAAGCUUAUGGGCCGUUUGCCGCAGGUGGUCAUUUCCAAGCCGCCAGGGUGGCAGGUGGACUACGAGGAGGUCGCUCCCCCGAGCGACGCCUCGUCGGGUCGUCGCCUCUCAGAGCUCCUCCGCGCGGUGGCGACUCCGCGGCGCGGAGCGGCUCCGCUGCCGCAGAACGGGUUUCUCCAUCGACUGGACGUGCCCAGCAGCGGGCUGAUCCUGGCGGCACGCCAUGUGAGGGCCUUCUAUGACCUGAAGAUGCAACUGGCGCUGGGUGAGAUUCAAAGGGAUUACAUGGUGCUUGGGCAUGGUGCCUCAGCAAGGCAACCAUAGGCAGGCUGUUUUGGUGGGUGCGGCCAUUGAACUCAGUUCUGGGGGCCAAUUGUAG